AUGGUGAAGAAAAUGGUUUACAAUUGGAAAUCUUGGUGGAGGUCUGCUCAGAAGAACAACUACUUAGUUCUUAAGUUGGGGGUCUCAGUUCUCUUAGUAGCCCUUGCUUUCAGGCUUCUCUACAGUGACAGAUCCUCCGAUAUUUCUCCAAUUUCGAAGGCCCCUUUCCUCGACACAACUCAGAUUUCAACGUCCCCAGUUGUUUCUGGCGAGACUCAAGAAAUUACAGAUCGCAACACGAUUCAAGAGUAUGACAUGGAGUCCCUGCUGGACAGUGAAGGAAAAUGUAAUCUUUUUAUUGGGGAUUGGGUUCCUUAUAAAGGAGAGCCCUUGUACACGAAUAGCAGCUGCAGCUUAAUUGAAGACCACCAGAAUUGUAUGAGAAAUGGCCGACCGGACAAAGAUUAUCUUUACUGGAGGUGGAAGCCCCGUGGAUGCGAGUUGGCAAGAGUCGAUCCGAGGAAGUUUCUAGAGCUGAUGAGGAAUAAAGGUUGGGCAUUCAUUGGGGACUCCAUUUCACGGAACCAUGUCCAGUCGUUUCUUUGUGUUCUCUCUACUGUCGAGAAUCCCACCGAAGUGUACCACGAUGAGAACUACAAGUCCCGAAGAUGGGUCUUCCCUUCCCACAACCUUACAGUCUCGGUCCUGUGGUCCCCAUUCCUCGCCAAGGCCGCCAUUUUUGAGGACAUAAACGGCGUCUCGACAUCCGAGAUCGAGCUUCACCUCGACACUCUGGACGAAAGCUGGACCCAACAAUACCCCACAUUCGACUACAUCAUAUUCUCGGGAGGCAAGUGGUUCACCAAGGGCACGAUCUACUACGAGAACAACCUCGUGCUCGGCUGCCACCACUGCCCCAAACGGAACCUCACUGAGCUUGGCUUCAACUUCGCCUACCGAAAGGUCAUCCGCAAUGUGUUUGACCACAUCAUCCGGUCAAAUCACAAGGGUGCUGCGGUGUUUUAUAGAACCUCGACCCCGGACCACUUUGAAGGCGGAGAGUGGUUUAGUGGCGGGGCCUGCAAGAGGGUGUCGCCGGCCAGGAAGGGUGAGUUUGAGUUGAAGGAGCUUAAUAGGAUCUUACGGGACGUGGAGCUUGAGGAAUUCGGGAAGGCACGUGUUAGGGCAAAGGAGGAGGGUGUGAGUUUGCGGCUGCUGGAUGUGGGCCCGCUGUCGUUGCUGAGGCCCGACGGGCAUCCGGGCCCUUAUAGAUUUUUCCAGCCGUUUGCGCGGGGUCGGGAGGAGAAGGUGAUUAACGACUGCCUGCACUGGUGUCUGCCGGGGCCGAUAGAUACGUGGAAUGAUAUGUUGAUGGAAAUGGUUGUGAAUGGCUGA